ACUACAAUACUUAGUCUUAAACCUGCAGCAAUGGGUAGAACGUACUUUGUUGAGGAAGCUAUUGGGCAGUAUCUUUCAGACCUCAGCACCAAGUUAAAGCCUUAUGUUACUGGCCUGUUAAUAGGGCAGUGUUCUCCUCAAAGAGACUAUGUAAUUCGGGCUGUUCGAACACCUCCAAAGGAAGAGCAAAAGGAAGACCGCAUCAGUCCUUCAAAACUGGCAUCCAUUGAUGAAGAAUGGAUAACCACGCACGCCAGUCAGGUUUCUAGAAUGCUUCCUGGGGGCUUAUUAGUUCUUGGUGUAUUUAUUAUUGCAACUCCAGAACUGUCAAAAGAUAGUCAAGAUGCUUUGCGCAAGCUAAUCUUCUCAGUGGAAAAGUCCUUGACUAAAAGAAGGCUCUGGAAACCUGCUGAGGAGGAGGUCUUGGACAGAGCAGCUCUGCAAAUUUGUUCUGCUACAAAAAAAGUAGUUUGCCGAACCUAUGAUGUACAGGAUCCAAAGAGUUCAGCCAAACCGGCAGAUUGGAAAUAUCAGAGUGCUUUGUCUGCUUCCUGGUUAGCUUUGGACUGCACAGUAAAUGUUAAUAUUCACAUUCCGCUUCUUGCUACUUCAUCAAACCAUGACUUGGAGAAGAAUACCAAGAAUGGGUUAAACCGAUGGUCAAAACAGAUAGAAGACAGUGUUUUUCUGAUCAAUGGACAAGUUAAAGAUGAUGAUACAGAACUACUGGAAGGGCAAAAAAAGUUAAGAGGAAGUACUCAGUCCAGCACUCAGUUUUCUGAUGUCAAGGUUCUGACACAGCUGUCCCAGGGUUCAAGUCAUAGAUCAACAGCUACAGUCCAGGUCUGCAGUGGUUCCAUAAAUCUCAAAGGUGCUGUGAAAUGCAGAGCCUACAUACAUAACAACAAGCCAAAAGUUAAAGAAGCUGUUAAGGCUUUGAAGAGAGACAUAAUAAACACAUUGAGUGAUCGGUGUGAAAUACUAUUUGAAGAUCUGAUUAUAAAUGAAGGACCUCACAAAAAAAAUUUUGAGAGGGAAUAUCAUGUCUUACCUCAAAGACUGUUUGUCCCUGUUGCUGGAUCCAGUGUGAUGCUCAGUGAUUAUAAGUUUGGUGAUGAAGCUGCUGGAGAAAUUCAGGAGCGUUUUGUUGAGAUGUUGGAUCAAUCUGUGCAAGCUGAAGAUAUCCAUAUAGCAGAGGAAAUUAGCACAGUUAAUAUUUGUCCAGUUACUAACAACAUGAAUGACACACAACAGAAACAACUGACAAAAACAACGUUGCUAUUGAAACUUCAACAAAAUAUGGGUGUGGUAAUAGCAGCUGCUGUUGCAGUCUUUGCAUCGAUCUUCUCUUUCAAUUACUUCAGUGAUUAAACUUGAGCAACUGGAGCUUCAUGGAAGUAUUGGCCAGUUACAAGAUGGAAACAUCUGGGUUUAAUGUAUUAGUAAUUAAGAAUUGUUGCCUAAAUAUCACCAGUUAAAUGUGCAAUAUAAAUCAUAAUGAUAGGUUCAGUUACCUUGUUCCAGCAUGCACUUACU